AAAACAAAAAACAAAAUGUGGGAAACCAUAGGGACUUGAUUCCCAAUUUCCUCUUUGUAGUGGGGGUUCAAAAACAAUUUUCGCAUAGUUAAACUGUCUGCUUUGACCUAACGGCCGGAAACUCAACUCUACGAGCUUAGUGCUUAAAAAGCAAUGGGGAAAAAAGGAGAAGAAGAAGGCGGAUCCACUGGAAAAGAAGGUUUCAAGCUGUUGGGCAAUCCGAGUUUCAAGAAAUUGGAGAAUGGUCGGUACAAAUGCGUUCAAACAGGGCAUGAGUUGCCGGAACACGCUAGGGAAUCUUAUGCUCAAAGCAAACACUGCAGAUUAGGUUUAAUUGAUGCUGCUCUUUCUAAGAAUAAACCUCCUCUCAAUAUGUUCAACCAAGACCCUCUCAAUCGGUCAAAAUUGAUAUGUAAAUUAACAGGAGAUACAGUUAAUAAGUCGGAGGAGCACAUAUGGAAGCAUAUGAGUGGAAAACGGUUUCUCAGAAUGUUAGAGAAAAAGGAAACUGAAAAUGAAAUGGAAAAUGGUGGGCUAGAAAAGCAAGGAGAAAAUGAAGCGGCUGAGAGGACAGACAGCAAAGCUAGUCGUCGGGACAAAAAGAAAAACAAAAAGAAAGAAAUAGAAGAUGCUGGCAAGGCUAUAUCUGAAAUAAGGGAUUCUUCUGAAAAGAACAGUGACUCGGGAGAAGAUGCUGAGUUUUGGAUGCCUCCAGUUGGUGCUCGUUGGGACUAUGAUGAUGGAGGUGAUCGAUGGGGAUCUGGUUCAGAAUCAGGAGAAGAAGACGAUGAUGCUAACGAGGAAGAUGAAGGAACUAAAGAGGAUAACCAUGACGCUGGAGAGCUUUCUAAGCGGGCAAAACGCAUGUCUCUUGAGAUUGGACCCAGUAGCUUCGCCUCAAGGAAGAAGAAGAAGAAGACCAGUGCUACAUGAUAUUUGUCCUCCGAAAAAGCAAUACAAAUUUUGUUAUCUUCUUAGUUGUAUACUGCUUGCUUGCUUCAUUUUAGCAUCUUUAUUUUGCUUAUUACAUGUUACUGAAGAAAACAUUUCUGUAAUUGCAGCAAAUAGAGCGUCUGUUUUAUAUUUAAAGCUUGUUUUCCAUUGAA